UCGAACGAGUGUCACAGCCGGUAGAGCAUCGUUACAGUGAAACAGAUCGGACCCUUCAUUCCCGCUGAACCUUCGCCGCGCUCCCCGUCCUUGGAUCCCCUCGAGAAAUCUCAAGGUGAGACAAACAGUCGAAUCAAGCGACUGAACAUCGAGACGCCGGACACAUUUGAGAUGCACUGGCUCAACACAGAUGCGUGAUUCUUUAAUUGGGUCACUCUAGUUAAAGGCUCCGCUGUCUGCGUCGUGCGUGCUCAAGACUUGCACUUGUUUCGAGCAGUAGCGCGCGGAGAAAGGAGCGGAGCCCUAUCAACAAGAGAGGACGUGGAGCAGGUAUUACAGGGGGAUUCUGACAAACGGGAGUAAUUCUCUCGCUCAGUCACCUGCCUGAUUUUUCCUCGGCGGCCCCAGUAACGGUCGGGAUGGCGGGGAUGGAUUCGUACGUGAUUGUUAUUCUGGUCCUCUGCGCUGUAACUGCGCUGGGGAAUGGGGACGACGGGAUCACCAAAGCCCGGAGUUGUUCGGAUAUCAGGAAGUUUUACACUGGCAAAGGCUUCAGUCUGGACGAAGUUCCCAUGUCUGAAAUAUCAGGGGAGCACCUGCGAGUCUGCCCCCAAGGCUACACCUGCUGCACCAGUGCGAUGGAGGAGUCCCUGGCCAACCUGAGCCGCAUGGAGACCGAGCGCUCCAUCAAGGUCUCCGGACAGAUCCAGCAGGCCAUCAUCAACGCCCACUACAAGGCCUUUGACGGUGAGGGUGUGUUCUCUCCAGUGGGAAGUGGGUUUAGGUUUGUCACAGUGUCGUAUGUUUAGAUACGUCCCAUGUGG